CAAUACCUUGAGUAACCACUAGAGCUUCUCAGAGAAUGGCAAUCCAUUCCCUGGCCCCCUGCUUUAGACACAACCCGGUUGGCGUGGCUGGAUGUGAAUGAUAUGUCUAGCGCCCUCCCGCAUCAGUCAGAUGCCUCUUGUAUAAAACCCUUGCCCAGCCAUCGUGCAGAUCGACCCAUGGUGAGACGGGUUCACGGUGACCCAAGCUGACACGCCAUGGCUUGUGUGGAGGAACCUCCUGAGAAGCACUGCUGGGUGUGCUUUGCGACUGAGCGGGAGGACCGUGUAGCGGAGUGGGUGAGCCCCUGCAGGUGUAAGGGCUGCACAAAGUGGAUCCACCAGGCCUGCCUGCAGCGCUGGCUGGAUGAGAAGCAGAAGGGCAACAGCGCCGGAGCCGUCAGCUGCCCCCAGUGUGGCACCGAGUACCACAUCGUCUUUCCCAAAAUGGGCCCCCUGGUAUACUUCCUCCAGCAGCUGGACCGGGUGCUCUCCAGGAUCAGCCCCUUUGCAGCAGCCGGAGUCGUGGUGGGCACAGUGUACUGGUCAGCGGUCACUUAUGGAGCAGUCACAGUCAUGCAGGUGGUAGGUCAUAAGAAGGGGCUGGAUGUGAUGGAGAGGGCAGACCCCCUCUUUCUGCUCAUGGGGCUGCCCACCAUUCCGGUCAUGCUGGUGCUGGGGAAGAUGAUUCGCUGGGAGGACUACAUCGUCAGACUGUGGCAGAAACACUCCACCAAACUGCAGCUGCUCAGCGGUGUCUGGCCAGGGAUUGGCCGGCCCGUGCCACGGGUGCCGGGGGAUGGGGGUUACAGCAGCGACCACCUCUCAAUUUCACGCACCCUGUGCGGUGCCCUGGUCUUCCCCUCCAUCGCCAACCUGGCGGGGCGUCUGAUGUUCCGGAGAGUUCCAUCCAGCCUGCAGCGCACCAUACUGGGCGGCAUUGCGUUCGUGCUGAUCAAAGGCAUGCUGAAGGUGUAUUUCAAACAGCAGCAGUAUCUGAUCCAGGCCAACCGCCACAUCCUGAACUUCCCCGAGAGGGAGGGGCUGGGCGAGGGGCCUCAGGAGGACGACAACGAGGACAGCGGCAACGAGUGAAGACCCGGGGGGUCCGUCCGCCGGCUGCCCGAUUAGAAUGAACCGUUGUGUAAUCUAAAAAAAAAAAUCAGCUUUUGUUUCCUUUACCUCUCAGCUAUUCUCCCCUUUCUCAGAAUGUGCUUUUACUGUGCAAUUAUUUAUUAAUAAAAUUAUGUGAUUCCUUCUGUUUUUUUUUUUUUGGUUGCAUUAAGUAUAGGGGAAAUGCCUGUGGCACCACUGUAGCUAGGCCAAGCGGUAUGAACUGGUGGCCAGUCCUGUGAACACUGUCCAGUGUGGCUGAAGUCAGGGGUCGCGACGGGAAGGCACAUGUGCUCCUGAUCCGGGGAAUCGGGUCCUUUGAGCAAGAAAACAUCAGCGCAUCCUUUGACAAGUAUUUUUUGUGAAUCCAACUCGCCCACCUCCCGAUGGGUGGAGCUAGGGGCAAGAAAACUGAGGAGAAAAAUAAGGUAUUGGAGUGAGCCCCUCGAAAUUUAGAGAGCAUGAAUUAUGGCAAUGGACAUUCCUGAGAAUGUGGGGUUAAGGGCCUUGCUCAAGAACCCAGCGGCUGUGCAGGUCUUACUGUGGCUACACCGGGGCUUGAACCACUGAUAAAGUCAGUCCCUGAGUUCCAGCAGAGUUGGCAAUCGUGUUGGAGUACCUGUAAGACAGUGUGUUGACGUCUUUUCGUCUGCCAACCCGGAAGUUUCUUCCGCUAUGGGUUUUAUUGGCAGAUUUCCAAUGCUGUUCUACAACUAAAAUUACACCCCUUAAUACCUCAGCUGUGAAUUUUGAAGCAGUUUCGGUGGAUCCAGUAGAGAGUAUUACUGGCUGGAUUAAAUUAUCUACAACUAUCGUGUUGUUGGACACAGAAGUAAACUCCCUUUUUUGUAGAGGUAUUCAAUAGCUGCAUUGGACUGCUUCCUUACCUUUUCAGGUUUGGUUUGGUUAUUGAGGCUAAAACUAUGACUGAUCAUGUCGUAGUGCUUAGCCCUUUGAGUAAAUUUGUCUGGCCCCACUUCCACACCUCAAGCAAUGAAAGCAAUCAUCCUCCCCUGAUCUUUCCUUUUUGCGUUUUGAAACACUGCUGCCUUCUGAUUUGUGGAUCUUGGUUUUACCUUUUACUGCAACCAUCUUGGAAGCUGUGGUUUGGGAUUUUCUUUCACAUUCACUUUUGUGACUGUACCCUGUUAUUUAAGAUAGUUUGAACCUUCAUCUUUAGAAAUUGAAUAUUUGUUGCAACUUAAUAAAAUGAUUCAUUUUAA